AUGACCGCCAAGACUUUUCUACUACAGGCAUCCGCUACUCGCCCUCGUAGUAAUCAUUUCAAAAGUGAGAGUAGUAAUAUUCCAUUGGCUCCUGUACCGAUCGCGCCAAAUACGCAUCAUCAUAAUCAUAGCCCAUUAAACCUGGAGAAUGAUGGCAAUAAAAAGAAGAAAAAAUCCGGCUUGGUAGUUAGAACAUCCAAGCAUUGGGUUUUGCCCCCCAGACCAAGACCCGGUAGAAGAUCGUCGUCGCAAAGCUCUCUACCUUCAAACAACACCAAUAACAUCCCCAACGUUGGAGCCAACGGCAGGAGCAACAGCAGAAAUAGCCCCGCUUCCACUAUGAAGCAAGCCUCCAACAAAGAAAAGAGGAAGCCAAGACACAUUCAGACAAUCGACGAACAACUAAUAAACGACUCGAACUAUUUGGCUUUCUUAAAAUUCGACGAUUUGGAAAAUGAAAAAUUUCAUUCUUCCGCUUCUUCCAUUUCAUCUCCGUCUUAUUCAUCUCCAUCUUUUUCAAGUUAUAGAAAUAGAAAAAAAUCAGAGUUCAUGGACGAUGAAAGCUGCACCGACGUGGAAACUAUUGCUGCUCACAACAGCUUAAUGUCCAAAAAUCAUCAUUUGGAUUCUUCGAAUGUGCACGCACCGCCCACGAAAAAAUCAAAACUUAGUGACUUUGAUCUAUUGUCUUUAUCUUCUACCUCUUCGUCGGCUACUCCGGUUCCGCAAUUGGCAAAAGAUUUGAACUUGAAUCUUAAUUUCCACAAAACACCCCACAAAACUUCAUUCCCUGACUCCCCAUCUGACUUCUCUCCGGCAGAUUCUGUUUCGUUGAUUAGAAAUCAUUCCUUACCGACUAAUUUGCAGGUGAAAGACAAAAUCGACGAUUUGAACGAAAUCAAAUUCUUUAACGAUUUCGAAAAACUAGAGUUUUUCAAUAAAUACGCUAAAGUCAAUACUAACAGUGAUAUCAGCGAGAACAAUGAUCUCUGGAAUUCUUAUCUGAAGUCAAUGGAGAACUCUACAAGAGAGAGCCAUAACGAUGACCAACAACAAGGCGAUGACGACGAUAUGCCCUUGUUGAAUCUGCCCAUCUUAGAGGAACCUGUUUCAUCCGAUCAAGAUGUCAAGAGUGAGCAAGACGACGAGGGAAUUUGGAACUGUCUGCCAAGUUCAAGUUCUCAGCAGCAUUCACUACGAAUUUUGAACAAGAGCGAUGAUUUCGGUAAGAACGGUGCUCACGCGGAUAGUGACGAAGGUUACCUUUUCCUUCAAGACGAGAAUGAAAGUUCAAAGCCACAACGUCAUGACGAAUUGGGCUCUGAAAUUACUUUGGCCGACAGCAAGUUUUCUUACCUGCCUCCAACCUUAGAAGAAUUGAUGGAAGAACAGGACGGCAACAGUAAUAGGUCUUUCAAAAAUUUCAUGUUUUCCAACGAUAAUAGCAUGGCAUGUCCGAACAUUGACAGUAACACCUCUAAUGAUGAUGAUGACUAUACUAAAGUUCUGAAAUCCAAAAAAAUGACGACAUCGAAAUCGAACGUAAAUCUUUAUGACCUAAAGGAGAGCAACAGUGGUGCCGCUGCCGCUAAUGAAUUUGAUCAUAACAGUUUCAUCGAUGACCUUGAUGAUGAUGUUGAUUUUCUAAAGGUGCAAGUAUUUUAA